AUGUUGAAGCUGAGGAAAAGUUGUACAGUCUCUGUUGCUAGUACUCAACUCUGCCAUUGUAGUGUGAAAGCAGUCAUAGACAGUCAGAGGGAUUUUGCACUGAUAGCCUAUCGAACUCUUGGGGAUAUUGUCAAUGGAUCCUUUUUUAGUGGCAGAAAAGGACUGCAGGAUGUGAAACUGAACUCUCUUGUUGUGAGUGCCACCAAUGAUUCGGAGAAAAAAAUUCACCUGUCCAAACCUGUCUUCCUGACCUUGAAACAUACUCAGCCUGUUGGUGCGAGAACAAAACGUUUGUGUGCAUCCUGGAAAAGAUGGAAGGAGGGGGGCAGCUGGUCGACGGAGGGCUGCUCUUCUACGGGCAGCAGUGAUUCUCACACCACAUGCCGGUGCUUCCAUCUGCCAAGCUUUGCUGUCCUCAUGGCUCUUACACCCAAGGCAGAUUUCGCACUGAGUGUAAUCACCUAUGUGGGGCUGAGCCUCUCUCUGCUGUGCCUCCUCCUGGCAGCCUGCACCUUCCUUCUGUGCCGGUCCAUCCAGAACACCAGCACCUCGCUCCACCUGCAGCUCUCGCUCUGUCUCUUCCUGGCCCACCUGCUAUUUCUAGUGGGGAUGGAUAAAACUGAGCCCAAGGCGCUGUGCUCCGUCAUCGCUGGGGCACUGCACUACCUCUACCUGGCCUCCUUCACAUGGAUGUUCCUGGAAGGUCUGCAUCUCUUCUUCACCAUCAGGAACCUCAAGGUGGCCAACUACACCAGUGCAGGCAGAUUCAAGAAGAGGUUCAUGUACCCUUUUGGCUAUGGGAUCCCAGCUGUGAUUGUGGCUGUGUCAGCAGGUGUUGGACACAAAAAUUAUGGAACAAAUACUCACUGCUGGCUGAAGCUUGAUACGGGCUUUAUCUGGAGCUUCAUGGGGCCAGCGGCUGUCAUUAUCUUGAUAAACUUGGUGUUCUACUUCAUAAUUCUGUGGAUUUUGAAAAGCAAACUUUCUUCCCUCAAUAAAGAAGUUUCCACCAUUCAGAACACCAGAGUCAUGACAUUUAAAGCCAUUGCUCAGCUAUUUAUCCUGGGCUGUUCUUGGGGCCUUGGUUUUUUUAUUGUUGAAGUAGUAGGGAAGACGGCUGAAUUAGUCAUUGCCUACAUAUUCACCAUCAUCAAUGUCCUGCAGGGAGUUUUUAUCUUCGUAGUACACUGUCUCCUUAAUCGUCAGGUGCGAAUGGAAUACAAGAAAUGGUUUAGUGGGAUGUGGAAAAGGUCUGAAAUGGAAAGCACUGAGCUGUCUCCCUCUACUACCUACACCAAAGUGGACAGACCCAGAAAGUCAUCAGAGUUUGUACAAAGACGAAACGCCAAAGAAAUCACGUUCACCCAACCUGAGCUGCCAACUGAUCUUGCCACUGUUUCUUGGCAAAAGACGGAGAAAUGAUCUGCUCAUCCUUGGUUCCCCCUUGUGGUCACGCGUAGAUUGGACAAAUGCCACCAUGUGCAUCUCUUCACUGUGAAAAGUCUUGACUCCUUCCUUUAUUUUGGCCUCUUGCUUGCUAGAAAGAAUGGGACACAUGGAGAAUUCUUACAGCCAGCAUCCGAUAUUGGGUCAUGAGCCAUUAAGUGCUCAAGGGAUGCUUUUUUUUUUUUUGGCAUCUGAUUUGUUUUUAUUGUUGUUGAAAGUAUACACAGCAAAAUAUAUGUCAAUUCCACAAUUUCUACAUGUACAAUUCAGUGACAUUGAUUACAUUUUUCAAGCUGUACAACCAUUAUCACCCUCCUUCUCCGAACGUUUCUCCCACAUUAACAUGAACUCACUGCCCACUAAGCUUCCUAUCUGACCUUUCAAGUUGCUGUUGUCAAUUUGAUCCCGUAUAGAUAGGUCUUCCAAAGAGCACGAUGCUCCAGGCAAACAUUUUUUACUAAAAACGACUUAUUGUUUGGUUUCAAGAGGACUUCAGGAGAUAUUUUUGGUUUAAGGUUUAAAGAUUAUCUCAGGGCAACAGUUUUGAGGAUUUGUCCACCCUUAAUUGCUUCAGAAAGCCUGGUGGAGUCUAUAAGAAUUUGAAAUUCUCUUCUGCAUUUUCCCACUUUGAUCAGGAUCCUUCUAUAGAAUGUUUGAUCAAAAUGUUCAGGAAUGGUGUCUGGGCACCAUCCAUUUCUUCUGGUCUCAUGGCAAA